AUGGUCAACAUCCCAAAGACCAGAAACACCUACUGCAAGGGCGCUAAAUGCAGAAAGCACACACCUCACAAGGUUACCCAAUACAAGGCUGGUAAGGCCUCCUUGUUCGCUCAGGGUAAGAGACGUUACGACCGUAAGCAAUCCGGUUAUGGUGGUCAAACUAAGCCUAUUUUCCACAAGAAGGCCAAGACCACCAAGAAGGUUGUCCUUCGUCUUGAAUGCACUUCUUGCAAGUACAAGAUGCAACUUGCUCUCAAGAGAUGUAAGCACUUCGAAUUGGGUGGUGACAAGAAGACCAAGGGUGCUGCUCUUGUUUUCUAA